CAUUUUCAGCACUUUUGACGGCUUUAUAAAAACAAAUGGCUACGUGGAACACAAUCUUAUUUUGUUUGUAUCUAUAGAUCAUGCUUUACAAUUUAAAAUUUACGUUAUAAUAGCAUUUAUCAUGCCAUUUUUAUAAUUAAGUGGGUGUUUGUCUCAAACCGACACAAAACGCCACCAAGUGAAGUCUAAAAUGCGGUUCGCUUUUCUAAUUGUCGUGGUGGUCCUACAGGUAAACACUAUAAUGGCCCUAGUGACACGUUUAACGGAAAUUAAAAGCAGAGUUUUGAAUGCUACUGGAACGGCCGUCAUGAAAGGCAGUUCAAUGAUGUUUAAUUUGGGAUCGCUAGUGGAGAUUUUUGCCGACAAUAAGAAGUUAAGUUCAUAGUUUUAUAAAAUUGACACAUUUCAAAGUCCAAAACGGUUGGCCUUAAAGUCAUUAAUAAGUUCUAAAGCAAGCCACCCCUGUUUUCGGGAGGUUCCCUAGAAUUGCAGAAAAAAAACUUCAAUCUUGUAUUUUAACCUGAUAAAUUUUCAACAUAAAACCUUCGUAAAUCGAUCAAUUGGUCAUAUGUCAACCUGUCAACUUGUCUAUUUGUCAAUUUGUUACUGAUAGAAAUACCAAUAUUAUAGUUAAAGUAUGUUACUUUCGCAAAACUUUUGUAUUAAGUAUUUCAUUUAAAUAUAUAAAGUCUAUUAG